CUGUGCCGAGGUGGUCUCACGGCACCCGAUGUGUCGCUGUGAUCGCAAGCAUUUCAACGACAUCGUCUGGGCCCUUGUCACGGUCUUUCAGAUAUUAACGCAAGAAGAUUGGAACGUGGUGCUUUUCAACGGUAUGCAAAAAACUUCCCACUGGGCUGCCCUCUACUUCGUCGCUCUGAUGACGUUUGGAAAUUACGUUCUCUUCAACCUUCUCGUGGCCAUCCUCGUCGAGGGCUUCUCUUCGGAGAGGAACGAGAGGAGGGAACGAGAGCAAAGAGAGAUGGCCAAGUUGGCGGCGAAGGAGGCAGGAAUGGGUAGCGAGGAAGGAUCCUCGAGGGUGUCGAGAUCUCACUCGAUCACCGACAGCGACACGUAUACUCAGGAACGGAAGAACUCGUGGCAAAGCGCGGAGGAGCUUAGAAAGUACAAGGACAACAGCUGUCGGGAAAAGCAAAACAGUAGUUGGAGGCAUCGAAUGGACGAGCCAAAGUGCAACAUUCAAAAGGAAAACAAGAUGAUGAGCGGCGUUGGUCAGCCACCGAUAAUCACACACACGGCCGCCACGCCUCAAGACUCGCCAAACACCACGCUCGAUGUUGGUUACAGAGACCUUAAUUAUCGUGCGGUUUUUCCAACGGCUGCCCUCUCCUUUGAGUCGAUAGACCGGACCGGUAGUCAAUGUAGCAUACCAUCCGGAUUAUUAAAGCUACCGGACAAUGGUAGCAAGUUUUCGACCAACAACUUGAUAGCCGGACAAUUUCCCAGACGAAUAAGCCUCGUUACCGCGGUGGUAAAUCCUUCCUCGAGAGAAUUCUCAAACUCCAGUCCACCGAGAAUACAGAGAGGAUACUCCUGGCGUUUGUCUCGGCCAUCUCUGCGAAGGAAACGUUGGUCCCAAAGCGACGAGGAGCAAGCCAGUCGAACGAUCGUUUUGAACAAUGGCAGAAGUGCCUUCGGCGGUUCCAAUUACACCUUCAACGGUGGUUACUUGCACGGCUCGAUAAGAAACGACACGCAAUGCGACGCGCCCAAUAAUCGAACGACCGUCCUAACGAGCAAUAAUCGCAGCCUCAGCCCCAACAAUUCCAUCGAAAGCCACGGUUCAUCGAUGCGCCGUUACACGGCCACGCCUAACCAGAUGCGAUGGAUCGACGAACUCUCGCGAAGGAACUCCUUAAGAGGGUACGAAAACGUUCAAGGUACGGUUAGAAAGAGUAUGCUGUUGGAGGAUAUGCCGGUGCCAUGCUCGACGCCCCGAACGAUAAACAAUUUAUCGAUGGAAACCGGAGCACUGCCGAGAAUUAAGCCUCUUCCGGAUCAGGAGGACGAUCACUCGCGUACGGACGAUCAGACGCCUCCAUCGAACGGUCACGGUAGCGCCAGUAGCAUCGAGAGGAUCAAGAAGAUAUUUAUGUUCUUCGAGCCAAAGGGUUGUCUCAAGGAACGCGACGAUUACGCACUGUAUAUAUUUUCGCCUAAUAACAGAUUCCGAGCUCUCUGCCGUUGGUUCGUCGAUCAAAAGUGGUUCGACAACGCGGUCCUCUUCUUUAUCGGCUUGAAUUGCAUCACCUUGGCGAUGGAGAGACCGAACAUACCGUCGCACAGUCGCGAGAGACUCUUCCUCAUGACCGCCAAUUACAUCUUCACCGCGGUAUUUGCCGUCGAGAUGUUUAUCAAGGUCGUAGCAACGGGUAUGCUUUACGGUUCGGACGCUUACUUCACGUCGGGCUGGAAUAUUAUGGAUGGAUCCCUAGUCACCAUAUCCAUCGUCGAUUUAAUGAUGUCCUUGAUUUCUUCCAGUAGUCCAAGAAUAUUUGGAAUUUUGAGGGUUUUUCGUUUGUUGAGAUCGCUGAGGCCAUUGCGAGUGAUCAAUCGUGCUCCGGGAUUGAAGUUGGUCGUACAAACGUUGCUGUCGUCUUUACGACCGAUCGGCAAUAUCGUUCUGAUAUGUUGUACCUUUUUCGUGAUAUUCGGAAUUUUGGGCGUUCAAUUGUUCAAGGGUGCGUUUUAUUAUUGCGACGGUCCAGAUAUCAAAAACGUUCGCAAUAAAACGGACUGCCUGGCGGAUAAGCGAAACGUAUGGCUCAACAGGAAAUAUAAUUUCGACGAUCUCGGCAAGGCGCUCAUGUCUUUGUUCGUUUUGUCGUCGCGAGACGGUUGGGUCAACAUCAUGUAUACCGGAUUGGACGCGGUUGGCGUGGAUCAACAGCCGAUCGAGAAUUAUUCGGAAUGGCGUUUGCUAUACUUUAUCGCGUUCAUCCUUUUGGUCGGAUUCUUCGUCUUGAACAUGUUCGUCGGCGUCGUCGUGGAAAACUUUCACAGAUGUCGAGAGGAACAAGAGAAGGAGGAACGAGCGAGGAGGGCGGAGAAGAGGGCUCAGCAAAUGGAGAAAAAACGACGAAAAAUGCACGAGCCACCGUACUAUACGAAUUACUCGAAAACGCGGCUCUUCAUUCACAACGUCGUAACUUCCAAGUAUUUCGAUUUGGCGAUAGCUGCUGUAAUCGGCUUGAACGUCGUCACGAUGGCCAUGGAGUUUUACAUGAUGCCGAAGGCACUCACCUACGCCCUCAAGAUAUUCAAUUACUUUUUCACCGCCGUUUUCAUCCUGGAGUCGCUCAUGAAGUUGUUGGCCCUUGGUAUACAUCUUUAUCUGAAGGACAAAUGGAACCAAUUGGACGUAGGGAUCGUUAUAUUAUCAGUAGUCGGCAUCGUUUUGGAGGAAGUCGAGUCGAAGAUCAUACCCAUCAAUCCGACCAUCAUUCGCGUUAUGCGAGUUCUCCGUAUAGCCAGAGUACUGAAACUUUUAAAAAUGGCCAAAGGUAUACGCGCCCUCUUGGACACGGUAAUGCAGGCGUUACCGCAAGUUGGCAACUUGGGUCUGCUCUUUUUCUUACUGUUCUUUAUAUUCGCGGCCCUGGGAGUGGAACUAUUUGGCCGAUUAGAGUGCAGCGACGAAACACCUUGCCAAGGCCUCGGCGAGCACGCGCAUUUCAGUAACUUUGGUAUGGCCUUCCUUACCCUCUUUCGCGUAGCCACCGGUGACAAUUGGAACGGCAUCAUGAAGGAUACUCUUCGAGACGACUGCGACGAGUCGACGGAUUGCGUGAAGAAUUGUUGCGUCAGCACGAUCAUCGCGCCUAUAUUUUUCGUCAUUUUUGUACUGAUGGCGCAAUUCGUUCUGGUCAACGUGGUCGUCGCGGUGUUGAUGAAACACUUGGAGGAGAGUCAUAAGCAGAUGGAGGACGAGUUGGACAUGGAGACGCAGCUGGAAAGAGAGCUGGCCGCCGAACGCGAGGAACUUCUCGAGGUCGAGGAGGAGGAGGAAGAGGGUGGCUCGCUCGAAAGACGGAACAUCGGUGAAGACUUGGACGAGGACGACGAGAGAGAAUUCGAGUCGAUGAUGGGAACGAGCGAGAAGAUUCUCGUUAGACCGGGCCUCGCAAAGGUUCGUUCCUUGCCGGCCAAUUUCAUUUACAAUCCGCCAAAGGAAAAGAGUUUGGACGAUACUUCCGUUUCGGUGGCGAUCAACGUCAGAGAGAGACGGCGCAGCUCGUGUUUCCGCUCGUACCCGAGACCGUCCAAGUUCAAAUCGAAGCGCCGACAGACCUUCCACUCGAGCAACCAACGAAGGUCCUUGCUGCCGAUGCACUUCGAAGUCACCGAGGUCUUCGAGAAGCCCGUUUGCAAUUUGAGCGUCCCGCGAAUCAUUCCUCGUCGUAUUUACGCGAUGGAAAGUCAGGAAGCUAUUCCUCCGGAGAGCCAAUAUCUUCGAGUGACAAGCAAUAACAAGGAGAACAAGUCGUUCCUCUGCGCGAGCAGACCAACGGCGAGUUCUUCGCCCGUCACGCCCAGCGGCUCGACUUCGACGCUGACCACCGCAGGCGGCCUGAGAUAUCAGAACGAGCGUUACUUGUUGCCGACCGCCGAGAUCUAUCCGUCUAAGGCGUGCUUCGCCCGAAGGAUCUCGACCGACGCUCAGUCGCAAUCGGAGACGAGCACGAGCGUCGCCGCGGGAAGCUGCACGAGGACGCCGAGCAACGCGAGCGAGUACGCUCCGAGUAUUCGCGCCAAGGGCGAAGGACCUACGGAAAAUGCGAGAUCGUCGAAGGAGAAGGACAAACAACGGGCGACUCAAGCGGAGGAGGAGGAUCUCGACGUGCAAUCGGUGAUCAACGAAAGAAGGCCGUCCAGGCUGAGGAGUGCCACCUCUUCCGGUACAUCGACGACCGGGACGAGCGAUCAGUGCGCUCAAAUCGUGCGCGUCGAGAGCUUCGCCCACAUUUACGCGGCGGAAGAGCUACCGGACGAGCCGCCGGACGAGCCGCCGGACGAGAGUUCGGCCUUUGAAAACGUCAGCGAGACCGACACGAGCGGGAGCAUCAACGGGAGUGGAACUGUGAGUGGUAGCGACGGUAGUCGUAGCAUUAGCGGCCUCGUUCAGGUCGUCGAGUGUACUACGUGUCCUGCGAUCAGCACGGACGUUAGAAUAUACGUCGACGACACGGACUCGAUCAGCAGCAGCGGACACUUUGGAAGAACUUUUGCCGAGGACGACGACGACGACGACGACGACGACGAGACGCCUGACAUCACUAUGUCGAUAUCGGCGCCGAUCGAUCUCGUCGACGAAGAAGCGGAGGAAGAUAACCUCGGGAAAACGGAAGACGAGCCAUCCUUGCCCGGCCCUUCCGAUCCCUCUUAAUGACUAACGUUGCUGCCGUGACAUCGUUGCUAUUCCACGACGAGGAAGUAUGAAAAAUCGACGGCGUCGACGAUGGGCUCUAAGAAAGACUGUAGUGCAUGACAAUAUAGUCGUUAUAUUCUAGUCACUUUGCCGCCGUGAACUUGCCAAAGAAAAAACGAGGAUAUAGACGGGGAAGGGAAGAAACGAAAGAAUUAAACGGGACGAACUCUUAGAAAAUUCCUCGUUCGAGUGGUAACAAGUAGAAAUAAUACAGUAGAAGGAAAGUAUAUACGAGAGAGAGAGAGAGAGAGACAAGAUGUUAUAUUUUCACGUCGAUCUCGAAACUCCUAUUACUGUCCGAGGCUAAGAACUAAAGACGGGGAUUAGAAGUCGCUAUUUUCGGGACUGCUCGAUCGACUUCUCGACGAAUUACUUUCUCUCUCUUACAUUCGAUUCCUUGCGCGUAGUCCAAGAGGUGUUAUUCUUUCAUCGAGAUCGCGAGUCGGUCAUCGUUUCUCCUAUCGGUCAUUGUUUAUUAUUACUUUUUUACGUUGACAAACGUUGCUUCGAGAAAGUUUUGCCUCCUUCGACGUUUUAUCCCGACACGAUGAUAUUCUCCCAACGUUCUUUUCCAAAGUUUUAAUGAGAAAUCGAACGAAAAGUCGAUCGGUUGGAUCAAUGGCAACUCUAUUUUCGUCCUAACGGUCUCGUUACAUUUCGUCACGCGAAAUACAAAGCAGGCGACAUACACAACACGUAUAACGCACUGGAAACCUUUGACAAUCUCUUAUUGCCAGCGGUAUCGAAACUCGGUUCCCGCUAUGAAGCGUCAUGGAAAUCAUUCGUAGGAAUUGGUAGAGAAGAAACACGACGUAUAUAAAGUCGCGUCGUAAAAAAAACAAAAAAAAGAUGAAAGAAAAUAAUAAUUUAACAAUAAUUUAGCGAAUUUGUAGCUCUUAGGUAGAUUUAUCGAGUCUACGUGACAAAUUGCAAUUUAUCGGACCACAUUUCCUCGCCUUUCCUUUUCCUCGCGUUGAUCGCCGCCAGGAGUCGUAGAAUGAAAGGAUUAGACGAUAUCGUUAACGCGCGUUUAAGACGACCGCAUAAAUGUUCUUCGAAACGCGAGUAUAUCCUCGUAGGGAAAAUUUCUUUAUCCUCGUUAGCUUUCUAUUCGGUGGAAAAUCCAGCGACGUUCGCUCGAUGCACGUUCGAUCUAGUCCAAUGCGUUUAGAUAAAAAGUUCGUUCGAGUAUAUGUACAUACGUUCGUACGUACCCUAGAUACAUAGCGUCUCUCCUGGGCGAUCACGAGUCAAAUCGUUCGAUCCUCCUCGUUUCGUUCUCUUCGUUUUUCUUUUUCUGUCCUAGAACGUUCUUCUCGUUAACAUCUGUGAUAUACUUUAAUCGUAGUGUAUUUCCUAUAACGACAGCAGCAAACAUCGGCAAGCGAACGGGUAAAACGUUAAAAGAUGGCGCAGAGGUGGAAAAAUUUAGAGAGAGAGAGAAACAAGAUAGACGCUACGUAGACGAGAGAAGAGAGAAUAGCGAGAGAGAAUAGCUGAAUUUUUCGAUAAAACGAAAGAGAUUAGAAAACGGAGAUGAAAGAUCCGAUCGAGGAAGAACAAAAUG